ACUUGUUGACUAUAUGUCUUCAUGUACCAUAUUGUGUGGACUUUCAAAGGAAACACCUACCAUUUUCUGGUGACUUAAAAAUCCACUCAACUUCCAUUGUUGUAGCACUUAAUCCUAUUCCCUUCACACUCUUGAAGUUUUACAUCAAAUGGCAUCUGGUGCUUCCAUUCCAAAUGAAAAGGAUGUUCUUGGAGAAGAGAUAGACCAUGUAAGGGUAAUUACUUUGAACAGACCAAAACAGUUGAAUGCUAUCUCACCUGACCUGGUAUUUCUGCUAGCAGAAUAUUUGGAAAAAUGGGAGAAAGAUGACAAAACAGAUCUAAUUAUCUUGAAGGGAGCUGGUAGGGCUUUCUGUGCUGGAGGGGAUUUGAGAGUAUUCUAUGGUGGCAAGACAACAAGGGAUUCAUGCCUUGAAGUGGUUUACAGAUUUUACUGGCUUUGCCAUCAUAUUAGUACUUAUAAGAAAACUCAGGUUGCUCUUGUCCAUGGAAUUUCAAUGGGUGGAGGUGCAGCAUUGAUGAUCCCAUUGAAAUUCUCGGUUGUAACAGAUAAAACAGUUUUUGCUACUCCUGAAGCAAGUUUUGGAUUUCAUACCGAUUGUGGUUUCUCAUACUAUCAUUCUCGUUUGCCAGGGUAUUUAGGUGAAUACCUGGCGCUUACUGGAGCGCGGUUGAAUGGAAAGGAAUUAGUUGCAGCUGGACUGGCAACUCAUUUUGUCACUUCUGAGAAAAUUGUUGAGCUAGAGAAGCGCUUGAUUAACUUAAAUUCCGGUGAUGAGAAUGCUGUGAGAUCAGUUAUUGAAGAAUUUUCAUCAGAAGUUAAACUUGAUGAAGAGAGUAUUCUAAACAAGAAGUCAAUAAUUGACGAGUGCUUCUCAAAGGAUUCUGUUGAAGAAAUUAUAAAAUCAUUGGAAGCUGAAUCAAGCAAAGAAGGAAAUGGAUGGUUAGGUCCAGCAUUAAAAGGACUGAAAAGAUCAUCACCUACUGCAUUGAAAAUAGCAUUAAGAUCGAUUCGUGAAGGAAGGAAUCAAUCACUAUCUGAAUGUCUAAAAAAGGAAUUCAGAUUAACAAUGAAUAUACUCCGAACUACGAUAUCUGAAGAUAUGUACGAGGGUAUUAGAGCUCUCACCAUUGACAAGGACAAUGCUCCAAAGUGGGAUCCUCCAUCACUUGACAAAGUAGAUGAUGAGAAGUUGGACAUAAUUUUUAAGCCGUUAGACAAGGAAUUAGAGCUUCAGAUUCCAGAAAGUGUGGAAUGCAGGUGGGAUGGUAAAUAUGAGAAUUCAGCUUAUGCUGUUCCAAACAGAGAAACACAAAUAUCAGCUUAGACGUUACUUCUUCGAAAUUCCUCCAAAUAUAUUUCAUGGAUUUCUCUACUUGUCAGUUUCCAUUUAUAUACGAGGUUCCUGGACAAUUUUAAUUUGUAUUAUUAAAAGAGGUUAGCUGAAAUUUUUUUUUUUAUGUAACUUCAGCUAGUAUUAUGGUGAAGAAAUAAAAUGUUUCCUCUAGUUUCCAACGGGGAAACAUCGCUCAAGAGCAGCAUUAAAGGCCUCUUUGGAUUAGCUUAUUUGAGUUUAUCUAUAUAUAAGUAUAUGUGAGACUAUUUGAAAGGGAUUAUAAAAACAGUUUAUCUAUAUGAGUUUAUCUAUAUAUAUUUUUAGAUUAUAAAAACGUCAUUUUGGA